UCAGAGUGCCCCUUUACAUCAGUUGUCCCCAUCAGAGUGCCCCUUUACAUCAGUUGUCCCCAUCAGAGUGCCCCUUUACAUCAGGUAUUCCCGUCAGAGUGCCCCCUUAUACUCAAAGUACCCCUUUCCAUCAUAUUCCCCGAUCAGAGUGUCCCUUUCCAUCAUAUUCCCCCAUCAGAGUGCCCAUUUCCAUCAAAUUCCCCCAUCAGAGUGCCCCUUUCCAUCAUAUUCCCCAUCAGAGUGCCCCUUUCCAUCAUAUUCCCCCAUCAGAGUGCCCCUUUCCAUCAUAUUCCUCAUCAGAGUGCCCCUUUCCAU